GGGGCAGCCUCCCUCGCUUGGGCUGACAAGGGAGGGAGGUGCUUUGUCGUCCGCGGAGUUCACGAGAGGUGCGGAGCCGGCCUGGUUCCCCCUGCGGGGCGGGCCGGGCGCGCAAGAGGACACAGCGUGUCACUGGGGCCCGAGGCGGGUCCGCAGCGCCCCCUCGCCGCCGCCGCCGGAGGAGGAGGAGGAGGAGGAGCCGCGAGCGGCAGGAGGAGGAGCCCUGCCCGCCGCCCCGAGCGCAUCCCUGCCCGGCCGGGCUGCGGCCAGCCGGGGCCUCCGUGCCUGCGUCCUCCAUGCGCGACAGGCGGCGGCGGUGGGAGCUGCUGUCCGGCAGCCCCCGGGACUCGGUACCCGCUGCCUGCUGCCGCGGCUGAGCCCGUGUCCGCCUCCGCCCCCGCUCCCGCGCCUUCAUGACCGCGAAGGAUGUCCGGGAAGCACUACAAGGGGCCCGAAGUCAGCUGUUGCAUCAAGUAUUUCAUCUUCGGCUUCAAUGUCAUUUUCUGGUUUCUGGGCAUAGCAUUUCUUGGAAUUGGAUUAUGGGCGUGGAAUGAAAAGGGAGUGCUGUCCAAUAUCUCCUCUAUUACUGACCUGGGAGGCUUUGAUCCAGUUUGGCUCUUCCUUGUGGUAGGAGGAGUCAUGUUCAUUUUGGGAUUUGCAGGAUGCAUUGGAGCUCUGCGAGAAAACACCUUCCUCCUCAAGUUCUUUUCUGUGUUCCUGGGGAUUAUCUUCUUCCUGGAGCUCACUGCUGGUGUUCUGGCAUUUGUUUUCAAAGACUGGAUCAAAGACCAGCUGUAUUUCUUUAUAAACAACAACAUCAGAGCAUACAGAGAUGACAUUGAUUUGCAAAACCUCAUAGACUUUACACAGGAAUAUUGGCAAUGCUGCGGGGCCUUUGGAGCUGAUGACUGGAACCUCAAUAUCUACUUCAAUUGCACAGAUUCCAACGCAAGUCGAGAGCGCUGUGGCGUGCCGUUUUCGUGCUGUACUAAAGACCCUGCAGAAGUUGAUCAGCAGAUUGUUAUAUACACUAAAGGCUGCGUCCCCCAGUUUGAGAAAUGGCUUCAGGACAAUCUUACUAUAGUCGCUGGCAUAUUCAUUGGGAUUGCAUUGUUGCAGAUAUUCGGGAUCUGCUUAGCCCAGAACUUGGUUAGUGACAUUGAGGCUGUCAGAGCCAGCUGGUAAAACUGCUGAAAUAACCAUCACAAGACACUGGACAACUGAAACCCUCUGAAACCUCCACUGUGUCUCUCCGACACCACGCUGCAUGGUGAUGGGGAAGCCUUCUUUCCCAAGCAGUCUCACAUCUUAAGUUGCUGACAUUGCAGUGAACUCGUUUCUCCGGGGGUAGGGAUAGGGGUGGGCUAUUCAAAAUCUGCUGCUCACUGACAGAUUUAUUUUUAAAUUACCAGUUUAAAAGCUGUUGAACCGUGAAUCUCUACUGUAUUCUUGACUUUGAGUAAUAAGCGGACACACUUUUUUUUUUUUUUUUUUAAUUGGUGUGCAUCAACAGGACAGAGGUUGCAUUGUAAUUUGUGGAUAUGCUGUUCAUGCUCCAUGUCAUAAUAUUUUUUUGAUAGCUGCCAAAAGUUCCUGAGAUGGUAUAUCUCUCCGACACUCUCUAAAGGACCAAUCUUCUUGUUUUCCACGGCUAAACAUUGCUGCAGGCCUUUCUGAAACUAAACCCAUGAAACAGGAACCAACUUCCCACUCCUCUGUUGUACAGUGAAAUAAAUUUGUUUUUAAGACCAAGAAGAUGUUUAUACAGGAACUUCUACACUUUCCCUCUAUAUCUUUUUCUGUGGGUGGAAUCAGCAAGAUUGUGGUGAUAACUGUUUAACCGUGUCACUAUCCUUCUCCCUUUCUCUACCCUUUCUAUGAAGGGAAAGGAGUUUUAAAUCUCUGACAAACCAGGUAGUUGUAUGUUUGGUACUCUCAUCUAUACCUUACCAGGGCAAUACCCUUUCUAAGCAAGAAUGUGUUAUAAAUAUUUAUAGGAUGGUAAGGAUGGUUUUGGGGAGGGGGGAGGCAGUCAGGUGAGUGAUGUUAAGUAGAGAAUGAAAUAAUAUGUUAACUUAAAGAAAAUGAAGAAUUAUGUACCCAAAUAUGAGCUGUUGGUUUCUUUGGAAUUCGGUGUAACCUGUUGUAUUUGGCUCUCACUAAUAGUCGUGUGUUGUUAUAGUUGUACACAACUUUUUUUAAUGAGAUUUUUCUUCAUCUUUUCCUAGAUGAGGCUUUGCUUCCUCCCCACCCCCCCUUUUUUUUUUUUUUUAAACAAAAAACAAAAAGCUUCUUUACCUGCAUGAGCUCUGGUGUUAGAAUCUGUGAUACCCUGUUUUUAAAUCCUUGCAUAUGAUUCAGUAGGUUUCUAAUAAAGAUUGUGCUUAUUUAUUGGUAGAUACACAUGACUGUGUAAAGUUCAUAUCCCCUUGUCUUGGAAUAUAGAGAGAACAGCUUUGCCCAAGUAAAUGCUUUCCUCAGUUCAGUAAAUCUUUGCUAGGUUUAUCUGUGUGUCUCCCUUUUACAUAUCUCUCUAGCUGAAUGCAACAAAAUGCUUUCUUGAAACAAUAGGGUAAAGGAUAUUUUUAAACAAGAAGAGUGUUAGGAUCAGAAGAGAGAUGCCUAUGGGCUCUUUUUAAUAGAUUAAACAUUAGCAUUUGCAAUGAAGCACAAAUAUGAGGAAAAGACAUGGAUCAGACUCUAGCUGGGAGCCUGUGAUUGGCUUUUAUUUAAAAUAUAAUGUAAACACAAUUGAUGGUAACUUGCGGAGCCAGUUAAUUUUGUAAAGUUCAGCUUGUCUGAAUGACUUUCUUGAUGUCCGUGGACCCAGCCCUAUGCUGUGAUGACUCCCUUGAAGUCCUACUUCCUUCAAAUAAGAGUUGAUGGUGCUCUUGCACAAUAUUUUCUCAUCUUGCCGGUCCUCAGCGUUUGCGAAGAUGAAUUUGGUGGCUUAGAAAAAACUAACUCAUUGUAUUAAAAAUACUGUACUUCCGCCACUGCUAAGACGCAGCAUAUGUGAGUAAGCAUGCCUGCGUGUGUACGCACAUAAACACACACAAUUUACCUUGCUGCGUGUAGACAACCCACAUUUUUGCCGAGGAGGCUGGUGGUAUGCACCAUCAUUCAUAGGCUUGAAGAGCCAAACAAUCCAGUUGCACUCUUGUCUGUCUUUGUGUUACCUCAUCUUCCAGUUAAUUCCACCUGACCAGUUGACUUGGUAUUGGGCAAUACCCACAUCCUUUGAUGUCUGCUGUUAAAGACCAAUGGCAACUUGAAAAAAAACAAACCAACAAACUCUGAAAGUGUCUAUACUCACUGUCCUUAAUAAAGCUGGUUCAACCUCACUGCAGCGUUAUGUUUUCAUUAGCUACUCCUCUUAGCAUGAGGAGCUACUCAUUUGCCUUUAAGGAGCACGUGGCUUUGCGUAAUGGCAGCUGAACAGAGGGUUUACGGAGGCUUCUGAUGCUACUGUCUUUUGUAGGAUGGCAUGGUGCAGCAAGAUCAAGGGAAACAGGAGGGUUCAGACCCCCACCCGAGCAUUGAUUAUAAACCAGUACUUUUACAUUUUAAAAGUCCCCAUUGCAGAAACAUCACUUGUUGCCACUGAUCUUUAAUGCUUCGGCUGUUGCCGCAGGCUUCUGAAGACAACUUCCAUUCUUCUACUUGAAUUUUCACAACUGACUUUUAUAACUGACUUUUGUUCUGUUACUUCUCAUAAUUUCAUUCUUUUGCUAAGUCACGCUUCUGAGAUAUGGCCAGUGGUACUGUCAUGUUGAUGGGAAGGGAAGCAUUUAGGAACAGGGAAGUUUUGUUCUUGUUACUUGCACACACAUACUGACAUGUACAGACCAAAUGUACAAAGUUUACUGUAGGUCUUGGAAUUACUAUACUCCUUUUAAGAACCAUUAAAUAUAACCUUUAUUUUUCCAUAGCCCUCUUACACUUCUGCAGCGGCUGAUCCCAGUUUUUAAGAUGUGUUUUGUUUUUUCUCCCCCAAUUAGUGGAGCAUGUUGAACGUUCAGCACUAGCUGCCUGUGUUGCAUGUUCAUACCCCACACUUGCUUAUAAAAUGGGUGAUUAUGUUUCUAGGAUCCUCCGUCUGCAUGUCCUUUUAUGAGGCUAGUUUGGAAAACUUAUGGGAUGCCUUGAAAACUGAUGCAGUUUAUAUUGAUCCUACCACCUGCAAACUAACUUUCUGCCAUAAAGUUCUACGAAAAGCGCAAAUCAGCUACAAGUAGAGCAUGAGCUCUGGGCUCUUUCCCAGUGGGAUUUGGUUAAAUUUGGCAGCACAUUCCUGGGCAAAUUCUAGUAUGUCUAAGAUGGUGGUAUUAGCUGUGAGCAUAAAGGUCAGUUUAACUAGCCACAAGGUGCAAUAGCUGCUCAGAAAAAUGUCGCCAUUUAGAUUUCUUACAGCCGCUUACAGAGCAAAAUAUCUGUGUUUGCACGUAGGUGUAGUGUUGCGAUCAGCUGGGGUGAAGCUUUUGUCUGUGUCCAGUCUUGCCUCUAAACCAGUGGUUCUCAACCAGGUUGCUGUGGCACCCUGGGGUGGCUGGAGAUCCUUUCAGAGGCGUUGUGGGGUGCUACACGGUGUUAGCACUGUUAGGGAUGCAAACACAAUUUAGAUGAUAAAACCGGUGAUUUCAAAUAGGAAUCCAUAGUGCCUGUGGUGGUCUGUCUUAGUUCUGUGCAACAGAAGAAUUUCUCUAUUAUUUUUCUGUAGUUAAAAAACAAACAAACCCCAAAACUAGUGAAAACGAAGAGCUGGCAUUUUCCAUGAGGUGCCUUCAGCAUAUACAAGGUUGAGAACCACUGCUCGAAACCCUCCACACAGAUCUAGAGACCCCUUGGUUAUUAGAAAGUCCACCCCUCCACCUCUCUCUGUUUCACUCUCAUAAAUGUUCAGUUUCCUAAACUUCUGUGUUCCAAUCCACGGUGCAGUCGCAGAAGAGAGCCCCUUUUCUGUCUGGCUUUGAGACCUAUUACGUGUACAUACUCUGUCCUUUCAGUCGCCAUCUCUUUCUUUUCAGAGAGACGUUAAUUGUAGCGAAUCAGGAGAUGGAGCCUGGCUUAGGUUCUGAAGUGUAAAUACUAUUUGUAAUGUAAAUAGCAGCAUGCAAAUGAAAUGACUCUUGCACCCAACUGCUACUCGUCGUACCUGUGUGUUGAUACUGUUAUGAAAGCUGUACAGUGUGAGAAUCUGUCAGAACAAUCACUUAGAAGUUUUACAUAUCCAUUGGUUUGAGCCAGGAAUGCUUGAAUUGCCUGCCCUCUAGUGUCUAAUAUGGGAACUACAGCUGUUAGAUGUUUUAAGAAGGGAAAAUAGCGGCUUCCAAUUCUGAUUUUGACUUCUGGAAUCUCCCCCCGCUGCUUCCUCUGUUCCCUGCUUGAGAUCGGAAGAGGCAGGUCCUAUAAUGGUGAAGGGUCAAGUUCAGUACUGUCUGACUUCACAGGGAGCUGCCAUCUCCUUAUAUCAGGGUUGUAACUGGUGUGCUAGGGCUUGACUUAAAAUGGUCCUGGAAAUGAACCUGCAUCUUUGCUUCCUCGGAAAGGUCCUAGGUCAACCCAGUGCUAGAUACCAGUGACAGUUAAGAAAACCUUGUAUGUGAGUAUCAGGGUCCGUUCUUUGCAAGGGUAUUGAAAGGAGACUAGAACUUGGUGUUUAAAGCAGUAUGUAGGUCCCAGCACCUAAACCUCCCCUGUUCUUCCUCCCAAAUUAUUUCAUGCUGUUAAAACUGAAUUUCAUUAACCCAGUAUGCUGAAGUUGCCUAGAAAAAAGAAAUCUUUUCUUGUGUUGUUUCUUUAGGAAGAACCAUUAGCUACCAGCUGUAGCUUAGAAAGAGAAAUUAGUUCACAUCUCAAUUAAGAAUAUGCAGUGUAAAAUAGACAAUGUGACUGCUAGUACACGCCAUGCGAUCAGUGAUAGACAACUAUUAGUUGUCUGUGUUUUUGCUGUUUGAAUGCAUUAACAAUAGGCUACAUCUCUGCAUAUAUAUGAGUGUGUGCGUCUUCAUAUACAUUCUGUAUGCGUGGUAGAAGGGAGCACUUAUCUCAAGCUUUGGGAAAGUUGGGAUAUGGAUUUGAAUUUUGACUUAGUCCCAUGUCAAGUAAGUACAUUCCAGUCUAGCUCGAAGUGAACUGCUCUCCUUGAGUCACCCUAAAGCACGAUGAAGGGUAUUUACCUUUGUGUAGCAUUUCUUUUUAUACGAAUGUAUUCUCUUGUGUUUUUUUUUUUUUAAAGGAAAAAAAAAAAGAAAACUGUAAAUUGCAAAACUGAUUGUAAAAGCCAAUUACACUUAACUGAUUGAAAGUAUUGCUAUAACAGAAGUGCAUGCCAGUAGAGUUUGACUUAAGCUUUGUUGUCUGAUUUCCAAAUGGUCAUCUUCAGUCUGAAGGAAAUACAUAGGCCAGGUGCACAAGUAUUGCUUAUAUUUCUCAUCUUUAGCAUUGGCAUGUGGUAUUGUAUCACAUACUGAUCUCAAUGGAUGUAACUGGAGCAUAAUUGGAAAGCUGCCACAACUUCUUGGUUGUUCACUUGAAGCUAUUGAAAGUGGUCUUGAUCACGCUAUUUGUGUUUUUGUUUUUUUUGUUUUAUAAUAGAGGCAUUUUUUAGGAAUGUUUUAAUACAUUUAUGAUGAACAAUACAAUAGUUUUAAUAGUUGUGCAGUAUUCUGUAUUUACUUGAAGUAAAUCAUUUUAUAUGCAAUUUGUUAGAUGAUUACAGUUUUAUAAAUAAAAUUGUGUGAAAUAUG